AUGCCUAAGUUUGCUAUCCUUGGCAGCAGUUACAUCUCCAGACUCCGGGAUUUCUGUGAAGGUGAUCUUAAGGUUCCAGGUGAAUGCCGCUUCUUUGGCAAAGGAGGAAUGAGGACGGACACAAUUCCAAACUGGAUGAUGACAGACUUGAGGGCAUUAGAUGCGUGGGCUGUCUUUAUCCAAUUAGGUGGUAACGAUAUUCGGCAGAACUCGAACCCGAGAGAGUUUUCAACCGGCUUUCUGUGCUCGAGGAAACACUGGCAGAGAAGGGUGCAGCAGUGUACAUCGCUGAGAUUUGUAGACGCGGAGAUUUCAGCAAAGCACCUGGACUUACUGCGGAAUCUUUCAACAAGCAGAGGAAUGCCAUCAACAGAUUCUUACGGACGAAAUAUGGAACACGCGUCAUCAGGAUCCCCCUUCAGCACCCAGCCGAUUACGAUGAUAGACUUGUCCACUUUUCAGAAGCUGGAAUUAGGAAGUACUUUUUUUGUGGUUAGGAGAGUUUUUUUCAGAGUUAAUCCAGACAUUUGACGAUUUACUUUUGUAUGUUAAUUGUGAACUGUAUUCCACAGGGAAACAAACUUAUUCACAAUUACAUUGUAUCUAACUUUAUUAAUUAAUUAUAUUGUAGAUUUCUGUAUUAUUGAUUGUUAAUGUAGUUUACUGUGUACAUUUAUAUAAAUCAAAGAAUGUAGGGGAUACCGGUAUU